AUGCCCGGAGGAGCACCCUUUCAGCUACUAUGCAUCCUCCUGCUAUGUUUAGGUUGCUGGACGAUUCCCGGUUGUGGCAUGACCGAUGAAGCCAUAGCAGAACUGAGACAAGAGACACGCGACAUCUUCUACCAUGGUUACGACAACUACAUGGAACAUGCCUUCCCAGAAGACGAGCUACGACCACUCACUUGCGCACCCCUCACUCGCGAUCGCCAUAACCCCGCCCAUAUCGAGGUCAACGACGUGCUCGGAAACUAUUCUUUGACACUGAUAGACAGCUUGUCGACGCUCGCUAUCCUCGCUUCCACGCCCGAGACCGAUGCCGCCGGAUCCAAUAGACCGUUAGAGGAUUUCCAAGAGGGUGUUAAGUUAUUGGUAGAGAACUAUGGAGAUGGUUCGUCAGGCCCUCGUGGUCGUGGGACAAGAGCGAGAGGCUUCGAUUUGGACAGCAAGGUGCAGGUCUUUGAGACGGUCAUCCGCGGCGUUGGUGGGCUGCUCAGCGCACACCAAUUUGCAGUCGGGGAUUUGCCCAUCCGAGGUUACAAUGCAAGGACAGAGAGGAUGGGAGGUCGUAAAGGGAUAUUCUGGCCCAAUGGAUUCGUUUACGAUGGACAACUUCUACGGCUUGCUGUAGACCUCACGGAUCGGCUGCUGCCAGCCUUCAACACGCCAACUGGCCUGCCGUACCCUCGAGUCAACCUCCGAUACGGAGUACCCUUCUAUGCGAAAUCACCAAAUAAUAUGGACGCCGAGCAUGGCCAAUGCGGCAGGGACCCAAGCGACAAAGGGACCGAAGUCACUGAGACGUGCAGCGCUGGCGCCGGGAGUCUGGUCCUCGAGUUCUCUGUUCUCAGUCGACUCACUGGCGAUCCAAAAUACGAAAGGCUGGCCAAAGACGCCUUCUGGGCUGUGUGGCACCGCAGAAGUAGCAUUGGGCUUAUUGGCGCCGGCAUCGACGCUGAGACAGGGCAGUGGGUCAAUUCUUACACGGGCAUUGGAGCAGGUAUUGACAGCUUCUUUGAGUAUGCCCUCAAGUCGCAUAUUCUUCUUUCCGGACUGCCUUUCGACAAAACACGCGAGACUACUGAUUCUCCUGAGGCAUUUCUUGCUACUUGGCUCGACGCCCACGAUGGCAUUCGGAGACAGAUCUACCGUGGUGCGCAACAUCAACAUCCUCAUUAUGCCCAAGUAGAUUUGUACACUGGCGCCAUCAGGGCCUUUUGGGUCGACAGCCUGAGCGCAUUCUAUCAAGGGCUCCUGACCAUGGCCGGCAAGCUUGAUGAGGCUAUCGAGACGCAUCUGCUCUACACUGCUCUUUGGACCCGCUAUUCCGCAAUGCCUGAGAGAUGGUCAACUGCGACUGGCAGUAUUGAGCAUGGCCUUCGCUGGUGGGGCGGUCGACCAGAGUGGAUUGAAUCGACCUGGUACCUCUAUCAGGCGACGAAAGACCCUUGGUAUCUCCAUGUAGGCGAAAUGGCGUUGCGCGACAUCAAAAGACGUUGCUGGACUAAGUGCGGGUGGGCCGGUCUACAGGAUGUACGUACUGGAGAACUGAACGAUCGCAUGGAGAGCUUCUUCCUUGGUGAAACUGCGAAAUACCUUUUUCUGCUUUUCGAACCGUCGCAUCCGCUCAAUACCUGGGACGCGCCGUUUGUGUUCACGACCGAAGGGCACCCGUUGAUCAUUCCGAAGAGACUCCGUCCCACUCAGAAGACGCGGCCAGAUCCUGAUCCAAUCCUAGAGGUACCUCAGACAUGCCCUCUUCCACCAGCUCUCUUGCCUUUCACUAUCUCUCCGACAGCCGCUCGGACCGACGUUUGGCAUGCUGCAAGCCUUGCCAGACUACAUCUUAUGCCAACCAUCGAGACGAUUGAGUCACCACUCGUCGAGUUCAGUGCCGACCAUCCCAGCAUUUCUUUAUCAGAUAUACGUUCGCCUUCCAACUACACUUACUAUCCAUGGACUUUGCCACCCGAGCUCAUCCCGCACAACGCUACAAGUUCAGUGCUGGCUGUCAGGACUACCUUUGACCUUUCGUUCCCCAACAUGCCAAGCACAUCGCUGACAGGUGCGCUCCAAAGAGUGCAGGAAGGCAUCUUGGUCAACUCCAUGAGUGGGCUGAGACUUGGCAUGGUUCGUGAGCAAGACAAGCCACGUACGAUACGACAGCAGCUGGAUCUGGAUGAGCAAUUCCGCAUCUAUGCGAUCUCCAACAUAGCUCUAGGCCGUGAUGAAAAGGUUUUCAUGUCUCGUUCGACCAUCGACAACUUCAAUCCGCUCGACCCGUUCUUCACAAGAACACGAGAUGCGCAUGCGUUGGACCUGGUCAUCGACGUACCGCCGCAGCCUGCACCUGCAUCCUCCAAAACGCUGGCAGACCUCCUCAGCGAUGCGCUCGGCGAAACAAGCAACCUAUCCGACAUGGACAUUGCCGACGUGAUCGAUCUAGAAGUGGACCCCGAAGCGCUCGAUAGCCAGCCGUCAUACCUAGCCACCUUCCUCUCAUCGCUCCAAGCACUCCUCUCCGCCCCAGUACCCACAUCCACAUCCGCAGCAUCUCAAUCCCAGGAUCAAUCGGAGCAAACCUUGAAACGUCACUUCUUCCCCGCCGCGCUUCCCACCGGCCCCGGCGCAGCCCCCAUGCCCGACACCAAAGACCCAGAAACGACAUACAGCCCAGACAACCCACUCGCCUGGUCAAAUAUCUACGUUCACCCUACAACUCUCUGCACAGACCGUCUUCCGCUCGAGGUCGCGAAAAACCAUCAAAUUAUCGCAAUCCCCAGAGGCGAUUGCUCCUUUUCGACUAAACUGCACAACAUCCCCGCGUACCCACCCGACGCCUCUUCCCUCCAACUCGUCAUCAUUGUCAGUUUUCCCGAGCACGAACCCAACGAGGAUAAGCAUAUUGCCGAUACCGACGCUGCGACGCAACAACCCCCUGUGCAGCCGCUGUUGGAUGAUCUACAAUAUACCCCAACCGGCAUGCUACGACCCAAUCCCAUUCCCAUGAUCAUGGUGGGAGGGGGGGAGGAGACAAUGGCGUUGCUGAGGAGGGCGACUGGAGUAGGUGUGAGACGGAGGUAUUACUUUAGGAGUCAGGGUGUCAAAAUUGGGAACCUAAUCGUGCUCUAA